UUUAGCGCGUGUGUUGAAGGAGGCCAAGUCGCCGUCGGCGGCGGUGGCGAAGUGUUGGUGCACAGGCAGCGGGGUUUCAUUAUUCAUUAUCAAUAUUCAUUAUCGGGAAGAUUAUCAUCAUGCGUUUCGAGCUGGAACCAAUGUCCGCCGUGGUGACCGACCCCACUGACCCCCACUUCGUAGAACAUCGAAAAAGGAAUCGCAUGCUCAUCAACAACGGCAUCUGGGUUCCCAUGGUCGGGUUGUCCGCCUGCCUGGGAGACAUCGCGACGAUGGAGAGGACGAUCGAAACCGCCAUCAACCUCGGCUAUCGCUACAUCGACACUUCCUUCUCGCCGCCGCACGAGGUCGCCAUCGGCAACGCCAUGCGUAGGCUCAUCAUGAGCGGAAGGGUUCGCAGGGAUGACCUCUUUAUAGCCACCAAGCUUCCCAGGGAAGGAAACCAACGGGAUCUGGUGAAGAAAUACCUCAGAGCGUCUCUAAGAAACCUUCAAGUCAACUACGUAGACCUUUAUCUCGUUCAUUUUCCGGUCAGAGACGUCCCGCACCUGAAUCCAAAAGCAAGAAGAACGGAGGGCGCCGCCAGUAGAGCCGCGACGCCGGUGCAGUACACGGGUCGGCCGCCUACAGACAUACUGGAAGUUUGGAGGGGUAUGGAAGAUGCCGCCAACUGUGGCAUGACGCGUUCUGUUGGGCUUUGUAACUUCAGCGCAGAACAGACGAAACGGAUUCUCGCCAUGGCAACUAUCAAGCCCACCGUUUUACAGGUGGAGUGCCACCCCUAUCUCAAGCAGAAAGAACUGGUCCAUUUCUGCCGUGAGCAUCAAAUCGCACCCGUUGCGUACGCACCGCUUGGUAGUCCAGGCAGGACUCAAAACGUUCCGAGGGGGAGGAGAGGUUCGACACCACCGCCACUCUUAGAGAACCCUGUCUUGAAGACGAUAGCCGAGCAGUACAGAAGGUCUCCUGCGCAGAUCGUUAUUCGCUGGCUUCUGCAACGUGGUGUCAUGGUGCUUCCCAGGACCACGAGCUUCGAACACAUGCGUGAAAACUCUCUGGUGUAUGACUUCCUGCUUUCCGACACAGAUAUGAAAACCAUCGGGGGUCUUAAUAGGCAAAUGAGAAUCUUCCGGUUUGACGACGACAAAUCACUACUGGAUGACCCCGAAUACCCUUUCCGCACGAGUCAAAGCACAGCUAUAGUCGAAAGGAAGACGUGAUGUCACUACAAACGGAGACAGCAGUGUGACAAUAAACGGCGCUCCGGCGGGAGGUUCAUCGUGGGGGCCAUUAUAAAGAGAAAUAAAUGAAGUGCGCGGCUGGAAGAGAAGGUCGCAAUCGACACCCCCUUAAUUACCGCUAAGUAUCUCAUAUGGGGCUCCCGCUGCAAGACACAAUGAGGACUCCUUGCCACAUUCACCACCAAUCGGCGGCCGCCGAUUAUUAUGGGUUCAUAUAUUUUAAUGAGACCAUAGAAGCCAGCCGGCAUCUCUACUUGGAAAUCUAAUAAAACACGUAAUAACUGC